UUUGUGUUCUGUUGCUGGACGUUGCGGUAGCAUUAUUAUAUGUAUGCGUUUAGAGAUGGGCCUGUCAACUCUGUACUAUGCGAUUCUCUCUUGCGACAUACAAACAAAAUGAAGUCGCUCGUCGUGCUUAGCACUGUUAUGGCAGUAGUUGUGGGUUCUUCUCACAGGUUGCGUCGAGAAGCGUUCCAGUUUGCGGACGCUAUAGACGAGGUAGUGGGGCAGGUACGAACGACCUUUCAGUGUCCUCAGCGGUACGGAUAUUUCGCCGACGUGGAUAACGACUGCAAGGUUUAUCAUGUCUGCAACCCCGUUAUGAAUGCCGAAGGUGGCAUCGAAGAAGUUCAGCAUUUCUCGUUCUUCUGCGGCAAUCAGACUGUCUUCAACCAGCUCACGUUGACAUGUGCCCACCCCGAAGAAGCUGUUCCCUGCCCUAAUGCACCAGACUUCUUUUACGUGAACGACAACAUCGGUAAAGAGGAUGCGCCAUUCUUGACUGAUGAUGAUACGCAAAGGGCCGCCCCUCUUUAUCCCGGUUACUCACAGCCAGCCCCCAAUCCAGCCCAAGCUCCUGCUGCCACCAGCCUGUACUACCACACCGUUUCCCAGGCUGGUUCCGAGCAUGGGCAUCCGACUUAUAGCAGCUCUAGCCCGUCAGCCGGCUACUUAACUAGCCAAGGCGAACAGAAAUAUGUAUCUGCUUCUCCACAGAGCCAAGAUAAUCAGAGUCAUCACGUUUCAACAGCUUUUGGUCAGCGCGCCCGAAAGAAGUAGAUCUAUUACUUGUUCUACGGACGACCAACGAAUCGGAGUGGCCCGCAAAUUAGGAGAAGCCAAAUGAGGAAGUACCUUGGUGUUAGUAGAGACCCGCCGGUAGCAGAGUGUGUCGUCUUUGUCCAAUAGCUAAAUCGUCUCUUAAAGCGUCCUUGUACUUUUUUUUUUUU